UGCUUUGUGGGAUCAUCUCUCUGUCUUCCUCACACGGCUCCUUUUGCAGAGCAGUAGGGAUUGUAGGUUCUACAGAAUCAUUGGGACAUAACUUUCUUAAAGAAAUACAUAGAGACAGACAGACCUACUGAGGUGGUGACAUUUUGAAGACAUUUUGGAAACAUACAGGGGAAAGGAUUCCAUAUUCAGGAGAAUCGAGAGAAGAGUAAGUAGAAUGAAGUGGACCAUACUCUUGGCUCAUCUGUUGGUGAUUUGGACCAUGACUGUAGCUGAAGAUUCAGUCUCAAAACUUAAAAUAAAAGUGGAAGAAUCCUCCUCGGACAAGAUCAAAUUAUCAUGUCCUGAUGGUUUCCAUUUUCAAUCUACUAAUGAGACUACUCGAACACUGGAAUACAAGGACGAGAACACAAAUGAGUAUGUAUGCGAGAAAGAUUCUGUCUCAGAAGAAGACCAGGUCAAAAUCUAUGUGAAAUUUCGGACCUGUGAUAACUGCGUCGAGCUGGAUACAACUGCGGCUGUAGGGAUGGUUGUGGGAGACCUGGUGGCCACUGUCCUGAUUGGAGUAGCUGUCUACAGCAUCGCCUCACAGCCCAAAGCAACACUGAUCACCGGCAAGAAAACAUCUAGCAAAAUGGGGCUCAUCAACAAUGAGGCGAGUGCAAACGAAGACCCCACUGGCAACUAUCAGCCCCUGAAUAAAAAGCGCAUGGACAGAUCUGAGUACAGCACUCUGCCAGAAAGGAGAUAAAGAGAAAAAUAAAAUGUAGAGCACACUCUUUAAGCUCCGUUCGAAGAUCCGUUUCGGAUUGAAACAUAGUGAAUAAAGAGGUGAAUUGGGAGCUUUAAUGUUGUGCGGGCCAUCUUGUUCUUUACUAGUAUUAUUUAUCAGCCCGGGACCUAUGUUUUUUUUAAGGUUGUGCGUAUGACCACACAUUUGUCUACAAAUAAAAUGUGCUCAGUGCUACAUUACUUUUACAAACCACAAAAUAAUUGUUGUAAUGCAUUGAGUGAAGGCAGAAAUCCAUGACAAGUCCCUCAACUGUCCAUUUGAUGUACAGAGUCAUUGACUGUUUGCUCUGUUGCUUUGUUUACUUUGAUCUACUGCUUUGCACGAGCUAAGAUUUCCUUUUGGUACCAUAAAUUGUAUUUGUCCAACUUCACACAUGUUUGUUGAUUUCCCCAAUUUUUAUAUUGAGAAUUUGUUUGGCUAAUAGGUUAAUAUUACUGUAUGUAGACAUAUAUACAGUUUCCUUGUAUUUAUAUUUGUUUUCAUUUAGGCUGUUUUGUCAUUCCAUGACGUAAGAUAAUUUGUUAUUUGCUUUUAUAAUCCUAGCUGAUACCUUUUUUCAACCUGUGUACAGAAAAUGUUUGACGAAUUCAGGUGUACCAUGGGGAGCGGAGGUUUGUUGUAAAUUCAGGUGUACCAUGGGGAGAGGAGGUUUGUUGUGAAUUCAGGUGUACCAUGGGGAGCGGAGGUUUGUUGUGAAUUCAGGUGUACCAUGGGGAGCGGAGGUUUGUUGUAAAUUCAGGUGUACCAUGGGGAGAGGAGGUUUGUUGUGAAUUCAGGUGUACCAUGGGGAGCGGAGGUUUGUUGUGAAUUCAGGUGUACCAUGGGGAUCGAAGAUUUGUUGUGAAUUCAGGUGUACCAUAGGGAGUGAAGGUUUGUUGUGAAUUCAGGUGUACCAUAGGGAGUGAAGAUUUGUUGUGAAUUCAGGUGUACCAUGGGGAAGGAGGUUUGUUAUGAACUCAGGUGUACCAUGGGGAGCUGAGGUUUGUUGUGAAUUCAGGUGUACCAUGGGGAGUGGAGGUUUGUUGUGAAUUCAGGUGUACCAUGGGGAGUGAAGGUUUGUUGUGAAUUCAGGUGUACCAUGGGGAGCUGAGGUUUGUUGUGAAUUCAGGUGUACCAUGGGGAGCGGAGGUUUGUUGUGAAUUCAGGUGUACCAUGGGGAGUGAAGGUUUGUUGUGAAUUCAGGUGUACCAUGGGGAGUGAAGGUUUGUUGUGAAUUCAGGUGUACUAUGUGGAAGGAGGUUUGUUAUGAACUCAGGUGUACCAUGGGGAGCUGAGGUUUGUUGUGAAUUCAGGUGUACCAUGGGGAGUGGAGGUUUGUUGUGAAUUCAGGUGUACCAUGGGGAGCUGAGGUUUGUUGUGAAUUCAGGUGUACCAUGGGGAGCGGAGGUUUGUUGUGAAUUCAGGUGUACCAUGGGGAGUGGAGGUUUGUUGUGAAUUCAGGUGUACCAUGGGGAAGGAGGUUUGUUAUGAAUUUAGGUGUACCAUGGGGAGAGGAGGUUUGUUAUGAAUUCAGGUGUACCAUGGGGGAGCGAAGGUUUGUUAUGAACUCAGGAGUACCAUGGGAAAAGGAGGUUUGUUAUGAAUUCCAAAGCCCUCACUCAUCACUGUACCCUCUAUAUGAGAGUGGGCUGGCCUUCCUAAGCUCUUCGGAGACAUAGUCAUUGGUUACGUCUUCAUUGAUCAGGCCAUACUGAGACAGCUCCCUUUUUACCUGUGUACCUACAUUGUCCAGCAGACAAAUGACAACAAUUGGCUACGCUCACAGGACUGUAUCUUGUUGACUGUGCCCGUACAGAGUUUGGUAUAACAAAUUUAAAAAGCAUUCCAGUUUUCUUGCCCUUCCACUUGGAACAAGAUACAAAAGGACAAUAAAUUGCAGGAGCUCGUGUCCUUGAAUUAGCUUAAGGCUAGGGUCAAAUCUAUGGUGGACAAUAAAGUGUGUGUGUGUGUGCUUCUCUUUUGGCCAGGUCUCUCUUGGAAAAUAGUUUUUUCAUCUCAACGAGACUAACCUGGUGAAAAGAAUACAAAUAACAUAAAUAAUGAAAUGCAAAUGAAAUGAAAAGUUGGUCACAAAA